GUCAAGUAUGAAGCCGGAAUGAAGCCUGCAGCCAAUGUUCCAGGACCUGACCUCAGCGGCCUGGGUUGCCCUUUGUCAUGGGAGCAAGGGAAGGAAAGUUGGAGACAGUCGCUAAGGUUGGCCAGGUACCCGGGAGUACCGCGCCACACAUUGUUGGCGGGUGCGGGACCUGCAAAGACUUCUUUCACCUCCCCACUCCGGCGUACCGUUGCCCAUUGCAACACGCUCAGCCGCCAGCUCCAAACCAUCCCCAACCCACGAUUCCGCUUUCUCUCUCCUCCUCCUCUUCUUUUCCUUUUCUUCAUCCUGCUCCCCUUCUCUUCUCUACUUUUGUGUUCACUCUUCUCCCAGUCCAGAAGUGCCCUUCUCCCCCGUUCCCCGUUACAGCCUUGUCGACGGUCUUCCCCCACGUCGGUCCUUUUGCUCGGCCAGCACCUCGUCUUGGACCUCCUGUUCCCACCGUUUUACUAUACCGUUUGCCUUUCUCCUCUUAAAUUUGGAUGAUGUUGUUAUAACUUGAAAUUCGGCAUCCUACGCCUGCCUGCUUCUCGAAGCAACUGCGGUAGAAGAUUUCGGUUUCCAGACGAAAAGCCGACAACCCAGAAUACAAGCUCCGAGGGCUGGCCUUGCAGAGUGCAUUGGACGUGCCUGUAUGCCUACAUUUUGCACAAGGAAUUGACCCCGACCUGACUGCUACCGUCUAUCCAUUCCGCCCUCCAUCCUCUCCGCCCCCACUCCCGGACAAUCCUACGUUUGAGUUGGAACUGGCUGGCGUUGUGUCUGCCGGUCGACUGAGUGGAGGAACACAUACACAGUCAAAGGAUAAUAGUUCCUGAUUUUCUGAGCUAGGAACUUGGGGGGAUGGAACAUUCGUCUCCUCUUGCUGCUAUGCAGCCCCCCUCUGUGCUCUUCGGUCACUGUUUUCGGGCGGAGACGGCUGCUUCAUUCAAAUCCUUCCCUGCAGUAGGAAAUUUUGGCCCGAACAGUUUCAAUUUUAAGGAACUCUCCAAGACGAAAGGAAGUCCAGAUUACUUCAGUGUGAAGCAUGUUGGAGGCUCCUCUCCUACCGCAAGCUUAGCUGCGGAUCUUUCACAGAACUUCCACAUUGACCAAAGUCCUCAGUUAGUAACACCGCGGAGAUCGCUGUUUUCAGCGAAUUUGUUUGGUUCGGAAAAUGGUCGAGAUAUAAUGACAACACCUCCUCUAUCCUCAUCUUCACCGGCCAUUUCUGUUGAUAUGAUGGACAUGUCCCCGUUACCGCACAAAAUUCCCUACUCUCACCAAUCAGAUAGUGACUUGGAGUCUCCUACGGCUGAUCUGUCUAACCCUAAACCUAAGAUAUACAUCCCUAGUCCUCUUCAAGAUUCACCAAUUGGGUCAACUCAUCCCAACAUUCCGCCAGAGAGAAAACGGGCCGCUUUCCUCCGUCCUUCAUUGAUGCGAGCUAAGGCUCAUGGUGGAAUCUCUAAAAGUCCAUCAGUGAGCAAUUCUCAACCAUUCGUGAAAUUUGGAAAUGGAAAUAGUAAGCUCUCUACGUCGACAUCGCUUUCAUUAUCUGAGAUAUUUGAGGGAUCACCGGAAAGACCAGCCUCACGGACCAAUCCUUCAAAUGAACAAAUGGGACUCUCUCGUCCACGAGCUCCCUUUUCAAGUUUCGUCGGACAAUCUCGCGGAAACGGGUCUCCAGGGCAUGGUGCUGUGCGCAAGGGUUCCAAUCCAUUUUCUCGACCUAGGAAACAGUGUAGAAGAUCGCUAAGCAUGUUUGAGCACCCCGACGAUGUAAUGAAUCAAGACAACGAUACCAGUGUGAAUAUCCUAUCUUUAAGCGAUAUGGAAGAGGCACCUACUCUACAUUUACCUCAUUUCAUCCCAGAAGAUCAACCCGACAGCCUCCCCAGGAUUGAGAGCACUGUUUUGGUUGAUAUUCUUGAUGGGAAAUAUAAUGAUAAAUAUAACGACAUAAUCAUUAUUGACUGUCGAUUUGAGUACGAGUAUGAAGGUGGCCAUAUAAAUGGUGCUGUCAAUUACAAUGACAAGGAGCAUCUUGCAUCGAGGUUGUUCUCUGAGGACAUGAAGCCAAACACCAUGUUGGUCUUCCAUUGCGAGUACUCUGCUCACCGUGCUCCUAUUAUGGCCAAGUUUAUUCGACACAAAGAUCGCGCAGUCAAUAUCGACGAGUACCCCAAACUUACAUACCCCGAAAUGUAUAUCCUGGAUGGUGGUUACAGUGCUUUCUUUUCCGUGUACCGAUCUCUCUGCAUUCCGCAAAACUAUGUUGAGAUGGCCGCAAAGGAGCAUGCCUUUGCCUGUGAAAGAGGCCUCGGGAAAGUAAAACAACGGUCAAAGCUUGCCAGAGCUCAGACAUUUGCUUUCGGACAACAUGCUACCCAAAUGGAAGACAGUCCUACUGGGCGCUGUCGGAAUGCUAGCAGUGACCGCAACCUGUCUCUGGAAAUCCCGGAACCUGGACGCUUGCCUGGACGGCGUAUGUUCAGCCACUGAUAACUUUAUCAAUGAUCUUUGAAUUAUGGCGCUGAACGCUUUUAUGGAGUUACGUUCCCUUGUUAAUUUUUUCUAUUCUGCUCCGCCAGUCUGGCACUACCAGUCCCUGCGUUUUUGAAUCUUGGACCAAUUCCAUUUAGCCUUUCAAUCUCGGCUCCACGCCGACCUUUUUUGACAUUUCAACAGCUUUCGAACAAAACGAAAUCGCUAACAUACUUGUGAGACUUACUUCAUCAUUCUUUUGACCCUGCCGCCACCAUCGAGGUCGACCA